CCAACCACAGCGCCAAGCAGUGCCGCACGCCCUGCGCCCUGCGGGCCGCCUGCGGGGAGUGCACCAGCGGCAGCUCGGAGUGCAUGUGGUGCAGCAACAUGAAGCAGUGCGUGGACUCCAACGCCUACGUGGCCUCCUUCCCCUACGGGCAGUGCAUGGAGUGGUACACCAUGAGCAGCUGUCCCCCUGAAAACUGCUCAGGCUACUGCACGUGUGCUCACUGUUUGGAGCAGCCUGGCUGUGGCUGGUGCACUGACCCCAGCAACACAGGCAAGGGGAAGUGCAUUGAAGGCUCCUACAGAGGUCCUGUGAAGAUGCCAACCCCAUCCACACCAGGGAAACCCAGCUUGGAGCCUGUCCUCAACGUCAGCAUGUGUCCUGUGGAGAACAACUACAACUGGUCCUUUAUCCAGUGUCCAGCCUGCCAGUGCAAUGGGCACAGUAAGUGUAUAAAUGAAAGCAUCUGUGAGAAGUGUGAGAACCUGACCACUGGCAAACACUGUGAAACUUGCAUCUCAGGCUACUAUGGGGACCCUACUAAUGGAGGAACUUGUCAGCCCUGCAAGUGCAACGGCCACGCCUCCGUCUGCAACACCAACACGGGGAAGUGCUUCUGCACCACCAAGGGCAUCAAGGGAGACGAGUGCCAACUGUGUGAAGUCGAAAAUAGGUAUCAGGGAAACCCACUUAAAGGAACGUGUUACUACACCCUUCUCAUCGACUACCAGUUCACCUUCAGCCUUUCUCAAGAGGAUGAUCGUUAUUACACAGCAAUCAACUUUGUGGCAACACCUGAAGAGCAAAACAGAGACCUGGACAUGUUUAUCAAUGCAUCUAAAAACUUCAACCUCAACAUUACUUGGGCCACGAGUUUUGCAGCUGGCACCCAGGCUGGGGAGGAAAUUCCAGUGGUUUCCAGAACCAAUAUAAAAGAAUACAAGGACAGCUUCUCCAAUGAGAAGUUUGAUUUCCGCAACAAUCCGAACAUCACCUUCUUCGUUUAUGUCAGCAAUUUCACCUGGCCCAUAAAAAUACAG